AUGAUGAACGCGCGGGAUCAGCCGCCGCUCGGAGGCUGGGACUUCGACUUCGUGGCGCGAAACGCGCGCGACGCACCGAAGGGACCCGCGGUUUGCGAAGUGUGCGACGACUCAGCAGUGGGCACCCGCACCCUCUCGUGGCUCGAGCUGGACGCCGCGGUGGAGGCUUGCGCGAAGGCGAUUCGCGCGCGCACGCCGCCCGGCACGCGCGUGGCGUGCAUCGCCAGAGAUGGCGUCGCGCCGCUCGUCGCGCUGCACGCGUGUUACCGCGCGCGUCGCGCGUUCGUGGCGAUGGACCACGCGUCGUGGCCCGAGGGGCGGCUGAGAGCCAUCGCGGUCGACGCCCGAUGCGCGUCGGUCGUGUGCGCCGACGACGACGAGGCGAGACGCGCGCGAGGGUGGUUCGGCGACGCGAUCGACGCGUACCUAUCACUGGAGUCGCUGAACGCGCGGCGCGACGACCACGAUGACGACGACGGCGACGGCGACGGCGACGAGCGGCGCUCCCCCGACGACCGGAACCCACGCGUCCGAUCCCUCGCCGCCGACGACCCCGCGUCGUCGUCGUCGUCGCGCGAGCUCUACGUCGCGUACACCAGCGGAAGCUCCGGGUUCGGCGCCAAGGGAACCGUCGCCCUCCACGACGCGGUGAUGUCCUACUGCGCCGCCAAGAUCGCGGUGGAGCGCGUGCGGCGGAGCUCGAGGGUGUGCCUGGCGUCGAACACCACGUUUGACAUUUACCCGAGCGACGCGUACGUGGCGGCCGUACGAGGCGCGUGCGCCGUGGUGGCGAGUCGGACCCUCUUCCAGGCGGACUUCGCGGCGGUGCUGCGCCAAGGGGCGGUGACGCACGUGUGCUGCACGCCGACGCUGUUUGCGCUGGCGAGGUUACCGCGCGGGUGGGAGGACGCGCCUUGUUUGCGGCGGGUGUCGCUGGCGGGGGAGAGGAUGUCGGCGGAGACGCUCGAGCGAUGGGGCGGGGACCCGCUCGGGGACGGGGACGAACACGGGGACGAACACGGGGACGAAGAGGACGAAGAGGACGAAGAGGACGGGGACGGGGACGGGCAUGAGGACGAGAAUGAAGAGGACUCUUCUGGUAUUCGGGAUUUUUCCCCUCGCGGGCGCCGCGUGCUGUUCAACGUGUACGGCGCGACGGAGGCGACGGUGCUGCAGACGUACGCCCGCAUGCGCCGCGGGGACGAUCCGGGGCGGGUCGGCCGAGCGUACCGCCGCGGGGGUUUCGCGGCGGUUCACGUCGUCGAGCGAACCGGCGAGGGUCGGUUGGUCUUCCUCGAGCCCGGCGCGACGGGCGAGGUGGCCGUGUCCGGUCGGUGCGUGUGUCGCGGCGGGUACCUGAACGAUCCGGAGAGGACCGCGCGCGCGUUCAUCGACGUCGGCGGCGACGUCGGCGUCGUGUACGCCACCGGGGACGUCGGCCGCGUCGACGCGAACGGACACCUGAUACUCUCGGGAAGGGCGGACAGGCAGGUGAAGAUCCGUGGCGUGAGGACGGAGCUCGACGAGAUCGAGUCGCACGUCCGGUCGUGCGUCGACCUCGUCGAGAACGCCGCCGUCGACUUCGACCCGACGACGCAAACGGUCACCGCGCACGUGCAGGUGAGGCCGGAGGGGUACGACCCGGCGACGCAGGAGUGGAUGGUGGCGAGAGCCGUGGAACUCCACGCGCGCCGACUCGCGCCGGCGCACGCGGUGCCGACUCGUUACGCGCUGUACGCGCGCCACAGCUGGCCGCUCACGUCCAGCGGGAAGACGGACCGGUGUGCGCUGACGGCGGGGCUGCGUUCAGGCACGAAGGCGGCGUUCAGGCCGCAGCGGGUGGCGCCGAGGCCCGGUUUGGAGACGGCGCUGGCGGCGGCGUGGGCGGCGUCGCUCGGGCUGAGCUCCGAAGACGUGGGCGCGUCGGACGGGUUCGACGCGUUGGGGGGAAACUCUCUCAACGUUCUGGACGUUUCCAGGCGUCUCGCCGCCGACCCUCGAAUAUCGUACCCCCGCGGCUUAGGGUUUAGGACGGGCGACGACGUCGAACCGCCGGGGUUUGACGCGGAGAUUAUCGACGGCGAGGCGGCGGCGCUCCUUCGAAGAGGAGACGCCGACGAACCCGCCGCGUGCGCCGCCGGCGUCGUCCGCGGACCCUUCGCGCCGUGCGAGAUACUCGCCCGCCCCGUGCUCAGAGACUACGCCGAGUACCUCCGCGCCGAGGGUGUCGCGUUCACCAAUCUCGACGGAGACGGAGGAGCCGUCGACGAUGCUUCGAACAGAGGAGAAGCCAUCGAAGACGGUUCGAAUGGCGGGGAAGACGGUGACGGAUCGGGCGGUGGGCGACGCCUCGGGGCUGAUCCCAUCGACGUCGGCGACUCCCUCGAGCGUUGCGCCCUCGCCGCGUGCAGCCUCGGCGCCGCGUCCGUCGUCCGAUCGCUCCUAAAGUCCGGCGUCAAGCCGCGCGGGUCGCACCUCCGCGCCGCCGCCGCCGCCGUAUCACCCGCCGCCGCGCUCGAGACGGUCGCGGCGCUGCUCGCGGCGGGAGCGGACCCAAACGAGGCGUCGGCGAAGGGCACGCUCGCCACGCACGUCGCCGCCGCGAGGGGCAACAGCGCGGUCCUCGUCGCCCUCCUCGAAGCCGGCGCGAGCGCGGGGGCGAAGGACCGUGAUAAACAAACAGCGCUACACCUCGCGGCGAGGAGCGGUGACGUGGAGACGGUCCGCGCCGCCGCGGGAUUCGCCGCGCGGCUGCGGACCAGGGACGGGGGUUUGGAAUCCUGGGACAGGUGGAAGCGAACCGCCGCGGCGUGGGCCCUUCGCGCCGGUGACGCGGAGUGUCUCGCCGCUCUCGCCGACGCGGGCGCUAAACUCACGGGCCUCGAGCGGGACGUCUCCGAGCGGUGGCGCCACGGGGAACUCAGCGAACGCAGCGCGACGCAGCUUCGGAGCAGACCGGAGCGGAAGCGGAGCGCGGCGGCGGAGGUGGUGCAGGCUCUCAGUGCGCGUUUGGCCGCCGACGCCGAUGAGGCGGACGCGGCGGAGGCUGCUUCGGCGCUGCGGGAGCUGGUGUGCGCCGACGCCGGGAACAGGCGGGCGGCGGGUCGCGCCGGGGCCGUGCCCAGGCUGCUGGACCGAAUCCGAAGGUUAACGUGCGUGGAUUCCAUCGGGGCGUUGAGGAACAUCGCCAACGACGCGGCGGCGUCCAAAGAGGCUGGCGAGCUGGGAGCCGUGGACGUCCUCGCCGACGUGGUGCGAGCCGCGGCGGCUUCGGGGGAUCGGGGCGGCGUCGACAGGCGGGUCGUGUUCGCCGCGGGAAGCGCGCUUCGGUCGCUGACGCUGAAAGACGCGGCGAACGCGGAGAGGGUGUCGCGACUGGCGAACGUGCUGGACCUCGUGAACGCCGCCGGGUCCGGGGACGCGCGGGACCCGGAGGAUCCCGACUGA